AUGGAUUCAGAUUUUGGAAUCGCCAGAGAACUCUCUCCUCUUCAGCAGCUCCGAUCUCAGUAUCAACCCGAGCUUCCUCCUUGUCUCCAGGGGACAACUGUCCGUGUGGAGCUUGGUGAUGGAACCACUGUGUCAGAGGCUACUGAUUCCCAUAUCAUGGCUCGUGCCUUCCCACACACCUUAGGCCAGCCUUUGGCUCACUUCCUCAGGGAAGCUGCUAAAGUUUCUGAUGCUCAAAUCAUUACUGAGCUUCCAUCAAUUAGAGUUGGAAUCGUGUUUUGUGGAAGGCAAGCUCCUGGUGGACACAAUGUAAUCUGGGGCCUUUACGAGGCUCUUAAGGUUCACAACGCAAAGAGCAAUUUGCUAGGCUUUUUGAGUGGUUCAGAAGGCCUAUUUGCGCAAAAGACUCUGGAAAUCACAGAAGAUAUACUCAAGACUUACAAAAACCAGGGUGGUUAUGAUUUGCUGGGAAGAACCAAGGAUCAGAUCAGAACCACUGAGCAGGUUAACGCGGCACUCAAAGCCUGCACAGAUUUGAAGUUAGAUGGCCUUGUUAUUAUUGGAGGCGUAAUAUCAAACACAGAUGCGGCUCAUCUUGCUGAAUUUUUUGCUGAAGCAAAAUGCCCAACAAAGGUAGUUGGUGUUCCAGUUACUAUAAAUGGAGAUCUCAAGAAUCAGUUUGUGGAGGCAAACGUUGGGUUUGACACCAUCUGCAAGGUGAAUUCUCAGCUCAUUAGCAAUGCCUGCACUGAUGCUCUUUCUGCUGAGAAGUAUUAUUAUUUCAUCCGUCUCAUGGGUAGGAAGCACUCUCAUGUUGCCCUUGAAUGUACCCUCCAGUCUCAUCCAAACAUGGUGAUACUAGGCGAGGAGGUUGCAGCAUCUAAGCUCACCAUUUUUGACAUUGCAAAACAGAUCUGUGAUGCCGUUCAAGCAAGAGCAGGACAAGACAAGAAUCAUGGAGUCAUCCUCAUUCCCGAAGGAAUCAUAGCGAGUAUUCCUGAAGUCUACGCUCUGUUGAAGGAAAUUCACGGGCUGCUUAGACAGGGUGUCGCUGCUGAUAAGAUUUCUACUCAGCUCUCACCAUGGUCAUCUGCGUUGUUUGAAUUUCUUCCUCCAUUCAUUAAGAAACAGCUACUUCUCCAUCCCGAGUCUGAUGAUACUGCUCAGCUAUCCCAGAUUGAGACGGAAAAGCUUCUUGCGUAUCUUGUAGAGACUGAAAUGAACAAGCGCUUGAAAGAAGGCACAUACAAGGGGAAGAAAUUCAAUGCCAUAUGUCACUUCUUUGGUUACCAAGCUCGUGGAUCUCUUCCAUCGAAAUUCGAUUGUGAUUACGCCUAUGUUCUUGGACAUAUAUGCUACCACGUUCUCGCAGCUGGUCUGAACGGUUACAUGGCAACAGUGACCAACCUCAAAAGCCCUGUAAACAAGUGGAAAUGUGGUGCUGCACCUAUCACAGCGAUGAUGACGGUGAAGCAUUGGUCCCAGAAUGCUGGUGCUACUUCAACUUCAAUCGGUAGACCUGCAAUACAUCCAGCUAUGGUGGAUCUGAAAGGCAAAGCAUACGACCUUUUGAGACAGAACGCAGAGAAAUUCUUGAUGGAAGAUCUGUACAGAAACCCAGGACCGCUUCAGUAUGAAGGUCCUGGUGCUGAUGCUAAAGCAGUGAGUCUCUGCGUUGAAGAUCAAGAUUACAUGGGCCGUAUCAAGAAGCUGCAGGAAUAUCUUGACCAGGUGAGGACGAUAGUGAAGCCAGGAUGUUCUCAAGAUGUACUCAAGGCAGCACUGAGCGUGAUGGCUUCAGUGACUGAUGUUCUCACUACUAUUUCUUCAUCUUCAAACAAUGGUCAACAAUAUGCUUAA